GCACUGCAAAUAUUCAUUGUGAAGCCGUUUGCGCACCUGCCGCCGGCAGGGCAUCGUGGUUUAGCAACCUAGCACGGCCCCACUCUGCAGUGCGAAACGUCUUUCAACAGCUGUUUGAACCCUGUAGUGCGUUUGCCAAAACCUCGUGGCCGGAAAGGAUGAUUGACCCACUUGCGCAGCGGGUGUAAAGGAAAUGGCCACUGCACUCUUGAUGUCAGAAAUUAGGCUAUUUGACCCAACACUUAACCUUCAUUUUUUUACUUCCAAAAAACACAUAUUAAGCCCAAAAUUUCAUCCAUGCUUGGAUUCGAAAAUAUGCAGGUUUUGAAAAAAUAAAAAAUACCCCUCCCCUGCAGGAGGUUUGAAUUUGAUUCCAGUUAAAGUGAUGAGGUCACAUCCAGUUGGACUGUCACUUCAAAUUUCUGUUUUUGUUGACGUUCCAGCUCCACCUAGCAUCAACCCAUUUUUCCAGCAAUGACGGGUCAGGCGACCUCUGACUCGAGCCUGUUGGUGGGAUGAUACAGGGGUCAUGCGCAGCAAGGCCUCCAAUUUGCCAGACAUGUGGUGAAACAGCCACGCCUUGCUCGUGAAAUCAAUUUCGGCAGGGCAAUUGUCAGGAUUUUGCCUACAAAACCAUCAAAAUCGCAAUGGUUGUUGCCUAGGCAUGUUUUGCAAAGGGGGUUGAUGCUCUCUUAGCAAACAAAACCAUGGACACGGUGACUGCUGCCACGUGCCAUCACUGUGAUGCGACUGUUGACUUUCAAUUGCUCCACCCCAAGCUGCGCCACCAGUUCAGAUGAGGAAGACCUUCAUCAUUGAAGCCAAGCUCGUACUGAGUAGCGCAUUGAGGUUGGAUGGGCAGCAGUCAAGAUAAACAGAAUGGCCGGAAAUCUGAGCCCUAUUCCGGGAUCCUUGGCAGCUUUGGUUUCGGCGGUGUGCCCAUCCUCGCACCGUGCGCCGCUUCAAUGGCUGCCAGUGGCUUCCGCAUGGACCGCUUGAUGCUGAAACUUUGCAGCGCAGCAAUGAAAACGGUGAUGCAAGCAGCCAGCUGCCGCAAAUGGCGUACAUCGGCGGUAGUCGUAGCCCCACAGACGCAGGCCGAAGCGCAGCACUCGCUGCAGAUGCUGAAAGUUAUGAUCAGCAGAACGCAGCAAGACUCGGCCGUGCUGACAACCCAGGUGGCUCCGGUUCUCCAGCUGGCUGCGAAGUAUGGCACAUUUUGGCAAUGGUGCUUAGCGGAAGUGGGGCAAUGAGACGUGCAGAAAUGGUUGCAUGAUGCAUUCGAUGUGUUGGGUGAAAGCCCCAUGACCUCCUACUGCUGCCAAAUUGGAGCCUGCUGCGCCAGUGACGAGCUGCGCCGUAGCUGCUGCCAAGCUGACAUAGUGAGCUGCUCCCAAUGAACGAUUCUCCAAUGCUAGCAGCUGCAUUCUACACAGCGGAUGGCCAUAACUUUUGCGCUUUGAAGAUGCCAUCAGGACUUCCUGCGAAAUGCCGCGUUGCCACCACUUCUCCCGUGCUGCGCGGGGAGUUUGGGCCGCGGAUUCCAGCAGCAAGCGGAAUGACAACUUCGGCUUUACAGAGAACGCUAUGAACUUCAGAUGUUUCGGCUGGGGCCGCAGAAACUUUAUGCGUUUGGCUUUUUGGCCUGUUUGGACUGCACGGUGCUGCUCUACGCGGUGCUGUGAAGGACAGCAAUUGAUUUAAGGACAUGUCUUCUGUCGGAU